ACGUCUUAUACACGUCACGUGGUCGCCGGGGAACGAGGUUGCGAAAAUGACGGGCGGUUGCGUAUUGUAGAGUUACCGUUGGUCGUACUUUAGCCAGUGUCAACUAGACUAUGGAAAAAUAAUAAAUGACAAUUGACAACUUUAUUUGACGGUUGACGUUUCUGGAGGUAAUAAGUUAUUAUUAUAAAUUAAUUUGUGUAAACAAACACCGAAAAACAAACAUGUUACUUACGUUUACAAAAAUUAACAAAGCUGGAUUUAAGCCAAUGAGGAAUUGUCAAAUUCUGUUUAGCUCAACAUCGAAUAAAAUUCCGACAAAUGUAAUAAAAGAAGUUACGUCUGCUCAUAGACAGACGGAAAAUGGGGUUGUUUAUGAUAAGAAACCUUUUCGGGUACCACUUGAAGCAGGUAAACGAUACUCGUGGUGUUUGUGCGGGCAUAGUCACAAUCAACCAUUUUGUGAUGGCACUCACAAAAAUCAACAGUUGAAAAUAAAGCUGAAACCUAUAGCCUUCAUGGUUGACGAAAGCAAAGACUACUGGCUGUGUAAUUGUAAACAAACUAACAACAGACCGUUCUGUGAUGGUACACACAAGUUGCCCGUAGUGCAAGAUGCCACCUCGAUUGUCAAACAAUAAGUGUGUUCUAUAGUGUAAAUAAAAGGCAGUAUCUUAUUACUGCGAAUUUGGAACAUGUGAAACAGAACAAUACUGUUGUGGGGACAACAAAUGUUGCGAUAAACUUCUGGAUUUGUGGUACUUCUGGCUUGGUUUAGGAAUAGUUAUUGUCGUUGUAGCUGUGAUAAUCUUCCUGAAGUAUUUCCUCAGAAAACGGAAACCCCAAAAUUAUAGGUAUAAAUUACUAGAACAAUCAUAAAAUUUAACAAAACUUAUUUAUUUAUUAAAUUAAUAUAGUACAUUUAAAGAAAGUUAUAGAAAAAAAGCGUUUCUAAACCUGGCUCCACUAUAGACCAAUGCCCGUUACCAUAACAAGCUAAAAACAUGUUUCAAGUAUUUUAAUGCAAUAAAUUAUAACAAACUUA